CAGGCAUCAUCAGCAUUUCGGCGUCUCUCUCGCCGCAUUCUCCCGAAGAGAGAACGAGAGCGAGAGAGGGACAGGAAAAGAGAAGAAAAGAAAGGAAGAAAGAGGAAAGGGGAAAUAGACAGGGCGACGAUAGUUUCGAGAGAGCACGCUGCAUUAAAGGACGAAUCCCAUCAGUGGUGCCGACGGUGGCGGGCUCAAUCUGUCCACUGUCAGGAUGGCGAGGUGGUUGCUGGUCGCUUCAUUGGCCAGCUUGCUGGUCCACCAAACGAGAAAUGAAAUCCUGACGCCACCGUAUUUCAAUUUAGCUGAGGGCAAGGAGAUCAUCGCGUCAGCCACGUGUGGCGUCGACACCCCCGGCCCAGAACUCUAUUGCAAGCUUGUCGGCGCGAACGCUGAUCAGCACGAGGACAUAAAUCUGAUACAGGGUCAGGUAUGCGAUUACUGCGAUGCGGACAACCCGGAAAAGAGGCAUCCACCGGAAUAUGCGGUCGAUGGAAUGGAAACCUGGUGGCAAUCGCCACCUCUCUCCAGAGGCAUGAAGUACAACGAAGUGAACCUGACGAUUAAUCUCGGACAAGAGUUUCACGUAGCAUACGUGUACAUAAAAAUGGCUAAAUCUCCCAGACCCGGACUCUGGGUACUCGAAAAGUCGAAAGACCAUGGGAAAACCUGGUCUCCUUGGCAAUACUUCUCCGACACUGCCAACGACUGUUUGACUUACUUCGGUGUGGACAGUUAUAAUCCCAUCACUAGAGACGACAGUGUCAUUUGUACCACGGAAUACUCUCAAAUCGUGCCACUGGAGGGCGGUGAAAUACCGAUUUCGAUUCUGAAUAACCGUCCGUCCGCCAAACAUUACUUCAAUUCCACUCUCUUGCAAGAAUGGACCAGAGCGACGAACGUCCGGUUUCGUUUUUUGAGGACGAAAAAUUUAUUGGGUCAUUUGAUGUCGUUAGUACGAGAGGAUCCCACAGUGACCAGGAGAUACUUCUAUUCCAUCAAAGAUAUCAGUAUUGGUGGUCGGUGCAUGUGCAAUGGCCAUGCAGAUACUUGUGACAUAAUGGAUCCAAAGAUGCCAAAGAAGCUGGUUUGCAGAUGUCAGCAUAACACUUGUGGACCACAAUGCGCUACCUGUUGCAAAGGAUUUGAGCAAAAGAAGUGGCGGCAGUCCACUGCGUCUAAAAAGUUUACAUGCGAACCUUGCAACUGUUUCGGUCACUCGGACGAGUGCGAAUACGAUCCGGAAGUGGACGAGAAACACUUGUCCCUGGAUAUACACAACAACUACGAGGGAGGCGGUGUGUGUCAGAACUGUCGAGACAACACUGAAGGGAUCAACUGCAAUCGCUGUAAACCGAAGUUCUACAGACCGCGAGAUAAACCCUUGAACGCGACUGAUGUUUGUCAACCAUGUCAAUGCGACGUGUUUUACUCGACCGGAAACUGCGCGGACGCCACUGGCAAAUGCGAGUGCCGAAAGGAGUACACUUCAGAAAAUUGCGACAGUUGCAGUUUUGGAUACUAUGGGUAUCCAAACUGCGUGCCUUGUCAGUGUCAUAGGAAUGGAACCGAUGGAGAUCACUGCAAGGCCAUCGAUGGAUCUUGUCCCUGCAAGUCGAACUAUGCCGGUCAUUAUUGUGACCUUUGUGCAGAAGGAUAUUAUAACUUUCCCGAAUGUUUACCCUGUAAAUGUAAUUAUUUGGGCUCCCUCAACGAGGUUUGUGAUGUACUUUCUGGCAAUUGCACCUGCAAGAAUAAUUACGGUGGAAGAACGUGCGAUAUCUGUGAAGAUGGCUACUACAACUACCCUCAAUGUACAUUCUGUAAUUGUGAUACACGUGGAACCAAGCCUGGUGUUUGUGAUAAGUCAGACGGAUCUUGCUUAUGCAAAGAAGGGUAUGGUGGCCCAAGAUGCGACCAGUGCAUCAGUGGAUAUUACGGAUAUCCAAAUUGCAGACCUUGUAACUGUAGUACGAUAGGAUCAUCCACUAUUAGCUGCGAUGCUACCGGAAAAUGUUCUUGCUUGGCUAAUUUUGCUGGAAGAACGUGCGAGCAGUGCAGCCCCGGGUAUUACAUGUAUCCAGAAUGUAUAGCUUGCAACUGCGACAGUCACGGUUCAAUCGGCGCAUCUUGUGACGCGGAGGGUAAAUGUCAGUGUCGUGAGAAUUUCAAUGGUGCAAGAUGCAAUCAGUGUAAAGAAGGCUUCUACAACUUCCCCACUUGUGAGGGUUGUAACUGUGACCCAGCAGGUGUUGUGGAAACUUUCCAGGGGUGUGGCACUUUACCUGCCGGGGAACUUUGUCAGUGUAAAGACCGCGUUGAGGGUAGAAUCUGUAAUCAAUGUAAACCACUCUAUUGGAAUUUGCAGCCUUAUAAUCCUCAAGGUUGCGAAGAAUGUCAAUGUAACAUACCUGGUGUCAUUGGAAAUAUUGGUGAAUGCGACACGAAGACUGGUCAAUGUAUCUGCAAACCCGGGGUAACAGACAGAAGUUGUAAUCAAUGCGUGGAUGGUACAUACAAUCUUCAAGAGAGCAAUUUCUAUGGUUGUACAGAUUGUGCUUGUGAUAUUGGCGGUUCCGUCAAUUCUGUGUGUGAUAAGUUAACGGGUCAAUGUCAGUGUCAACCACGAGUUACAGGUCUGACAUGCAAGGAACCCCUAAAAGCCCACUAUUUUCCGACACUUCAUCAGUUCCAGUAUGAAGCGGAAAAUGGAAAAACGCCUAGCAAUAGUCCGGUUCGUUAUGGUUUCACUGAAGAACACUUCCCAGGAUACAGCUGGAAAGGAUACGCAGUGUUUUCUGCUCUUCGGGACGAGAUCAUCUUGAAUGUUUAUAUUCAGAAAUCGUCUCUCUAUAGAAUGGUCCUUAAAUAUGUGAAUCCAAAUAAUGAACCGAUCCUUGGAACGAUUACUAUUACCCCCGAAAAUCCAUCAGAAGUGGAGCAGCAGUUUAAAGUCAAUUUCAAGCCAACCGUAAAACCGUCGUUUGUAACUGUCGCAGGACCUCAAGGCAACCUUCCUUCGGCCAUGGUUAUGAAUCCAGGACAUUGGUCCGUUAGUAUUGCUACCAAGAAGAGUCUUUUCCUCGAUUACUUUGUGCUUCUUCCAUCCGAAUAUUACGAGGCAACCAUCUUAACUCAAGAUGUUAAUAUUCCUUGCGAAGUUGGUUAUAAAGGACUCUGUAGACACUAUGGUUAUCCUAAUUUGACGAUGUUUGAUUCUGUUCAUGGAGCUGGUGGGUUCUUGAACGAAAACAAUGUUAGAAUUCCUCUAACUGAAUAUUUUACCGAUACAGAUAUACUGCGUGAAAUUAAUAUAGAUAAAAUUCCGUUGAUUAAUGAAAGACAGGAAGAAAUACAUUUCGAUCUAAGAGUCUCGAAACCAGAGCCACAUGUCCUACUGGUAACUUAUGUGACACCUAAGGAUGAGAAUUCUACGUCAACCCUUCUCAUAGAGGCAAACACUGUUGGUAAAGGAAAGGCUACUCUGUAUCCUUGCAAGUACACCAGUAUUUGCAGACAAGUAGUGACUGACACUUAUGGCAGAGUAGCUACAAUGAACUUUCCCACGAAUUAUAUCAGCUUAAUUUUAACUGGAGAACCUACUUCGAAUGUAGCUAUAGAUUCUGUUGUCGCCAUUCCUUAUUAUCAAUGGUCAUUGGAUUAUGUCAAACCAAAAUCGAUAUGCGUUAGAAAAGAUGGAAAAUGCGUGAAAGGACAAUUCCCGGGUGCAGCAGAUGCCAAAAAAAUUGAGUUCGAAACCAACAGCACAGUAUCUGAAUCCGAAAAUAGGCCUUUUGGUAUUUACGAUAAUACUACUAAAUUAAUCUAUCUGGAUGACAAAAAUACAAUGGUAGAUAUUCACGCAAAAGUCUUACAGCCUGGAGAUUAUACUUUUGUUGUGCAAUAUUAUCAACCAGACUAUCCAGAGUACGAGCUUGACGUGUUAGUACAAAAUGGUAAAUUCUAUGAAGCGAAGAUGUCUGUUCCUCAUUGUCCUAGCAAUAGCGGAUGUCGCAGUUUGGUUAAACAACUUGACGGUAAUGUUCGAUUCCAAUUAAUCGAGAACUUCAUGAUCACCUUCAAGGAGAGUGUUGGCAAUGGUAUCUGGCUUGACUAUAUCCUAGUUAUUCCAACAGACCAGUACAACGAAAAGGUUCUGAAAAAGAUUCAAUUUGAUCAGACAAAGGAAUUCAUCAAAAAGUGCGGUUACAAUCAUUUCCACAUUAACGUUACCGAAGAAGGCUUCUGCCGUGAUUCGAUUUUCUCCUUGACAGCCAAUUACAACAACCGUGCUCUACCAUGUAACUGCGACAUUAAUGGAACCAUAAGCUUCGAAUGCGAAAAAUUCGGCGGACAAUGUCCGUGUAAACCAAACAUUAUUGGAAGACGAUGUGAAAUUUGCAAAACGGGAUUCUACGGUUUCCCUAACUGCAAGCCGUGCAAUUGCCCUAGUAUAGCUCUUUGUGAACCAAAGACAGGUGCCUGCAUUUGUCCAUCAAGAGUCACGGGUGAGCGUUGCGAUCAGUGUGAAGUGGGAACUUAUGGAUUCCAUCCGAUCAUCGGCUGCGAAGAAUGCAACUGUUCUCCUCUGGGAGUAGUCGAUGGAGACCUGCAGUGCGAUUUUCUGGAUGGAAGCUGCAGAUGCAAAGAGAACGUAGUAGAUAGACAAUGCGACAAGUGUCGACCUGGUUACUCUCAAUUUCCAUACUGCGAGAAAUGCGACUGUGAUAUCAGAGGGACCACUGCGAAUAUCUGUGAUCAAUAUACAGCAGAAUGUUUCUGUAAGGAAAACGUUCAGGGAUUAGCCUGUGACGUGUGCAAGGAAGGCACUUUCAAUAUCCAGGAGAACAAUGAGGAAGGUUGUACGAAGUGUUUCUGCUUUGGAAAGACCACCAGAUGCGUGUCAGCAAACUUGUAUAGAGCCCACAUGACCGAUCUGACUAAUUGGGAGUUGGCUCUGUCUAAUGAGAAAGGUAGCAAUAUAACGUUCUUGGCAACGAUUCCACACGAGUUCAAUUCGUCUAGUAUUGCAAUUGAUCUCAUUAAUAAUGAUACGUCCGGAAAGGUUGUGUACCUCUCAGCACCAGAGACUUAUUUGGGGAAAAAGUUGACCUCCUAUGGAGGAUUCUUGAAUUACACAGUUUAUUAUAGCACUGGACCGUUUGGUAGUGCUGUUAGUGCGCCUGAUGUGAUUCUCCAAGGUGUCGACACGACAUUAUUCUACUAUGCCGAAGAACAACCACCAUCAUUCACGAACUUCCAAGCGUCUUUAGAAUUAAUUGAAACAAACUUUUUGACUUUAAAUCGUCUUAGCGCCACGAGGGAACAGUUGAUGGUAGUUCUCGAGGAUCUUCGAGGAAUCUUCAUCCGUGCUACAUACUGGGACCCCAGCAUAGCUGCUUCUUUAUCAUACGUAACAUUGGAUAUAACAACGGAGACCUAUUCACCUCAGUAUAACGUUCCAGCUAGUAGUGUCGAACAGUGUCAAUGUCCACCACGUUAUCAAGGACUUUCCUGCGAGGAAUGUGCUCCAGGUUAUUACAGAGUAGACUCCGGACCUCACGGGGGCUAUUGUGUUCGGUGUGAGUGUAAUGGACACGCGGAUACCUGCGACGUUGACACUGGCAUAUGUUUGAACUGUAAAGAUGGUACAACGGGAGAUCAUUGCGAAUUUUGCGAGCAAGGCUACUAUGGAAAUGCUACCGGGGGAACCCCCACCGAUUGUCUCAUUUGUGCCUGUCCUUUACCCGUCGCGUCCAAUAAUUUCGCCACUGGCUGCGAGGUGAACGAAGAAGGAACUAAGAUAAGCUGCGAUUGUCUUCCUGGUUAUUAUGGUGCUCGCUGCAAGGCUUGCGCUGCAGGUUACUAUGGGAACCCGGAAGUAUACGGCGAGUAUUGCAAACCAUGCAAGUGUUCCGGUAAUAUCGAUACCAACCAAAUCGGUUCCUGCGAUUCUAGAACUGGAGAGUGUCUACAUUGCUUAAAUAACACCUAUGGGGAAGCUUGUAACCUCUGCGCACCAGGAUUCUAUGGCGACGCUAUUGAGAGAAAAGACUGCCGUAACUGCCUAUGCAAAGAAUGCGGAAUGGAGCACUGCGACAGCUACUCGGGCCAAUGUUUCUGUCGCGAGAACGUAAUCGGAGAACAGUGUGAUCGUUGCGCAGAUGAUCACUAUGGUUACGAUACGUGUGAGGGUUGCAAAGCAUGCGAUUGUGGAAUUGCUUCUGAUAGCAGUCAGUGCGACGAGGUCACGGGUCAAUGUAAAUGCAAACCUGGUGUCACUGGGCGUAGAUGCGAUCAAUGCAUCCCAGGAUACUGGGACUAUGGACCGGAAGGAUGCACCUCCUGUGAAUGUAACAUUGGAUACUCCGUCGGGGUAUCUUGUAACACCACCACUGGACAGUGUAGUUGCCUGCCAGGUGUUAUCGGAGAGAAAUGCGAUCACUGUCCAUAUAGGAACGUAUUAAUACCGGGGCAAGGUUGCUUCGUCUGUAACUCGUGCACUGGAAACUUGUUGGAUGUUACAGACGAAUUGGCGGACAUGUUGAAUCCUGUUUUCGAAGAAUUUAAUACGAUGGCUGAGAGCUACUUCACUAAUCAGAGACUGAAAUUUGUCAAUGAUACGGUAAAUGAUCUGUAUCCCGAAGUGAAGCUGUUAGAUCCUAACAGAGUAAACUUCCUGCCUCUGCAAAACGAGGUGAAGAGACUAGGGUCGGAAGUUGCGAACCAGAAGCGCGAGAUCGAUUACAGCGCCGAGGAGAGCGUGAAAUGGAAACUAGCCGCAGAGAAUACUUUGGAGGAUAUGAACUUCUUCGACAAAGAUGUGAUCAAGGAGAUAAAGCUAGUCAACUCGACAAUUUCAGAGGUAGAAUCUCUAGCUUUGAAUAUUGAAUUGGACACUGGCGCUAAAGUAGACAGCGCAUUGAAAGAGGCUGCAGACAUUCUAAAAAAAAUCCAGGGAGUAUCAUUUGUUAGUUUUCGGGACCAUGCAACCGACCAGGCGGAUCAGGCUAACAUUCUGGUGUCGGAAAUGCUCGACUACAACAUACCGGUUGACGUUUUGUCUUCGACCACAGAUAGCCUCAGUCUCAAGGUUAGAAAUGUGACCGAUAAAUUGGACGACCUCCUCGAAAUCACAUGGAAGGUUCAGGACCUAGCUAAUCUAGUCGAUAAAUUCAAUCAAGAGAAUAGACUUACAGCUGAGACCGGAAACUUUGACGUCGUGAAGAAUUCUACUGCAGAAGUGAAUGAAGAUUUAAUGGCCGGGGAAGAAUUAAACAGAAAUGCCAGUCAGUAUUUCAACGAAGCGGAUUAUAACGUAGAAAUAUUGAGAGAAAACGCAAUAGACGAUUCCACAGAAAUAUUAAAUACAACGAUUCUGCAAAAUGAUCAACUGUUGAUAGACUUGACUGAUCCAGUAAAUAAUGCAAACGAACAUGCAGAAUAUCUUUAUAAUCGAUCCUUAGAUUUGGAUAGCCUUUUGACUGACACGAGGAACACCGAUGCUGUGAAAGCUGUUUCAGCUUAUAGGAAUAUUGGAACAGCAAUUGAGGAUGCUCGUGAAGCUGCAAACGACGCCAAUGAUGCAGCGAUAAAUGCAACCACCAUGUCGGAUGGUAUCAAAGCGAGGAUGACGAAUUCGAAAAAUGCAGUUUUACAAUUAUUGGAAUCAGCCAAUGAUACUCUGGCAAAAACAAUGGGAAAACCCGAAGAAGACUUGGACAUUGCCCAAAUUGAUGCUGCCUUCAUUUUCGAUCAAAAUAAGCGCAACAAGGAACUAUUGGACAACAUCGACAAGAUCCUUGCUAGUAUUCAAUCUCCUUCUUCAGCAGUGACGCAAAACGCUAUGGACGACGUUAUGAAAGUAGAGAAGGACAUUAAGCUUUCCGUCAACAUCAUGAAUGGUAUUGUCGAUAAAAUUCCGGAAGACUUGAAGGAAACUAAGCAACUGUCGAAAAACAUCUCAGAAUCGAUUCGUGAUAUAUCUCAAGCGAAGAAGCAUCUGGACGUUGUGAACAAAUUCUUUCCAAAUAUUACCGAAUUGUUAACUAGUUUGAAUGUAAAUCAGAAGACGAUAGAUACCAAUGGUAAUGACUUGCAGAGCAAGAUCGAAGCGUUGAAGAUCAAGGUCGCGAACGCCAGAGAACUGGCAGACCGUUUCAAAGUCGGCCUAACUUUCUACAGGAACACUACUCUUGAAUUAAAGAAUCCUGAGAACCUUCCUCUACUGGCUACGUCUACCAAGAUAUCUCUGUACUUCAGAACGAAAGCGACCAAUGGUUUCCUCCUUUAUCUAGGAAACGAAGAAAAUGCUAAACUACCGCGCUCAAAGACCCACGAUUUCAUGGCGUUGAUGAUCGAAAGCGGCUACCCAGUACUCAUCAUGGACUUGGGAUCGGGACCUGAGAAAAUUAUCAAUAAUAAGUUCGUAUCGGAUAACGUGUGGCGUCAGAUAAUCGUGGAGAGGACCGGCAAGAACGUAAAACUAAUUGUCCGUGAGGACAUCGGCGAGGGUAAAGAUCGAUUCUAUGAAAAAGGACAUGUCUUACCUGGAUCGUAUUCGAUAUUUAACGUAGAUCAAGAACACUCGAAGUUAUUCGUGGGUGGUUAUCCGACGUCCUUCAAUAUGCAGAACGCUGUAACUGCGUCCUCGUUCGAGGGUGAGAUGGAAGAACUUGUGAUAGGCGAAGAUACACCGGUCUCCUUCUGGAAUUUCAUUGAUGGAGAAAAUAAUCAAAAGAUAGCGCUCGAGAGGGAUAAAUUAAUUAACUUCCAACCUAGUACUGGUUAUAGGUUCGAUAAACAUGGCUACGCUAUUUUGAACAAGAGAGAUUUCCAGAUCUCGCCGGAUAGUAAGAAGUUCAGCAUUAAAUUGAAUUUCAAGACGUUCGCAGAAAAUGGGCUGAUCUAUCUGAUGGGUAAAGGCAAACAAUUCCUGUCUUUGGAAAUGAGGAAUGGUCACGUACUUUAUCAGUAUGACCUCGGAGAUGGAGCGACCAGUUUGAUGUCCAUGAAUAAAUUCAACGAUGGAAACUGGCACAACAUGGAGGCUCUUAGGUUCGAGAAAACAGGCGUUCUGAAGGUAGACGGUGUGGAUGUGGUGAAAACUAAAGCGGAAGGAAAUAGCAAGACCUUGGUUUCCUUGGAUAACAUUUAUUUCGGAGGAUAUCCACCGAAUGCUAAACAUCCUUACGAGCCUGUGACCAACGAUGGUUUCGAAGGUUGCAUCGACGAUGUGGUCAUUCUAGAUACAAUAGUCGACUUGACACGCAACAUUCAAGCCUUCGGUGUGGUUCCUGGUUGUCCAGUACGGUUUGCAAGUUUGGUAUCUUUCGAAGAGAACGCACCCGGCUACGUGAGAUGGCAUAAUAUCUCCGUGCCGGACGUUCUUCAAGUGAAUCUGAAGUUCAAGACGUUAGCAAACGAUGGUCUGAUCUUCUAUGUGACUGAUCAUGAGAAAGGUGUGGUUAGCUAUUUAUCGCUGAUCGAUGGUAUUCUUGUCUUCAAUAGUCAGGGUGAAGAACUGCGAACGAAUUCUGCGGGCAUCAAAUUUAAUGACAACGAGUGGCAUGUGAUUACUGCUACCCACUUACGCGAAUUUCUCAAGCUCGACAUCGACGAUACGAAGAAUUAUAGUUCAGAUUUAGAACCACCUGUAUUACAUAUACCUUAUGGCAGUUUAUAUAUCGGUGGUUUACCAGCCGCCUUUGGUAUCCCACAAACCGGCGCCAUGACACCAUUUGUCGGGUGUAUCGGAGAUGCAACAUUGAACGGAGUUAUAAUUAAUUUCGCGAAUACAACGGAGAGACCUCACGCACUCCUUGGAAAGUGCAAAUUGGGAGAUUCAUCAUCUGCGCCAUCUCUAUUUGGGCCAGAACCAAAUAUUCCACCACCUCCUCUAUUGCCCACAGAAAGUCCAGACGACAUUGUCGAAGUAUCUACCCAGAUUAGUAUAGUCGAAGUUGAUAUAGAUAAGAUAACGGAUGAAGAGGAACCACCGUUGGAAGGACGCGGUCACCAUCAAGAGGAUGAUAUUACAACUACUGAAACUACUGCUUCGACUCAGAGAACAACUCCGUACCAUGUUGGACAAUGUCGGUUACCAUAUUAUCCGGCUACAGAUCCUGCAAUGGAAAACGCUUGGCGAUUCGGUACUGCGAUAAACAGUAGAUUGGAAUAUAGGUCUUUGAACGGCAGGUACAAAGAUGACUAUGAUUUCCAAAUCGAUGUUAAAACGAUGGCUGACGAUGGAAUUAUUUUCUAUACUUCGGAUCUUUCUAACCAGAAUUUGAUUGCUGUGUAUAUUAAGGAUGGAAAGGUACAUUACAAAUUUGAUUGUGGAAGUGGACCUGCCCUAUUGACCAGCGAGAAGAAAAUAAAUGACAAUGAAUGGCACAUCGUAAUAUUUAAAAGACAACAAAAUUAUGGACAGCUUAUUGUCGACGAAGAUGAAGCAGUUACCGGAUAUUCGCAAGGGACAACAGAAACUAUGAACGUUAGUCCACCAUUUUAUGUAGGAGGAGUACUUCGAGACAUGUCUAAUAAAGUUCUCAACAUGAUUGGUAUGAAUCAUACGUUCAAUGGAUGUCUAGGAAAUUUCAUGGUAAAUGGGCAACCAGUUGGAGAGCCCGCAAAUAAAGUAGGCGUGAUUUCAUGUUCAAAUCGAGUCGAACCGGGAUUAUUCUUCUACCCGGGUAAUGGUAGCAAUCUCUUCAGAGCAGUGGACAGAUUCACCGUUGGGAAAACAAUUGAUAUUCAAAUGGAUAUCAAACCACGUUCAACAUCUGGUCACUUGUUAUCUGUUCAUGGAAAACGGGAUUACUUGGUCUUGGAAAUAAUUAAUGGAACUGUAAAGUUCCUUGUCAAAACAGCGAAAGGAUCGAUAGAGACCUCUUUCGAACCAACGAAUCCGAAUUCCUUAUGCGAUGGCAACUGGCAUAAUAUUCGAGCUGUUAAACAGAAGAAUGCCGUACUGUUAUCAGUAGACCAUAAAGCAGCCAUGCCAGGAAUCGGCGGUAAAAAUGUGGUAGGAGUAAUGUCGAGACAUCCGAUCUUUAUCGGUGGUCAUCCGUCACUUGGGGCGAAAUUACGGGGAAGUACUUCGCAAGCACAAUACGUUGGGUGCAUCAGCAACAUUCAUAUCAAUAUGAGACCUAUUCACCUGGGUCCUGAACGUGCUAACGGGCAAGUUAUUGUGGGCGUAUGUCCAACAAUAUAAGAAUUUUCAAGAACUUAAA